AAACAAAAAAUCAGAAUCACGGAGGCUCGACGGGCACUUGGAUAGGGUGGGGUUUUGAGGGUUCGUUCUCCCUCCCCUUCCUCCGCCUGUUCGUGAUAAGGUCUCCGUGAGAUAAGCGAGGAUUUAGCGAAAUACUUGGUUCUCUCAUAGGUCUCGACUUCCCUGGAUCUUCGGAGGAACAAGGUCGAAAGCACGGCUUUCUUAGGAAAAAUGGAAAGGGGCACUGCCACUGGUCAGAAGCUCAGUAUUGUUGAGUUCUUCGAGGAGAAAGGAUUCGAUGACGAGAAAAUAAACAGAAUGCUGAGGAAAUGCAAUCGGCUGGAGAGCAUAGAAAGGGAGAGAGCCAGUGAGAACUGGGAUUACCUGGAAAGCAUUGGUAUUCAAAAGAGGAAGCUUCCUUAUGUUAUCUUCAAGUGCCCCAAGAUCCUAGCUUUGAGCAUGAAUCAGAAGCUUGUUCCUACUGUCCAGUGUCUUGCAACCUUGGGAUCAAAGCCUGGUGCAGCGGCCUCAGCCAUCACCAAAUUUCCUGACAUUCUCUCUCACAGCAUCGAGCUGAAGCUAUGCCCUCUGUUAGCUUUCUUCCAAGCACUAGGAAUUUCAGAGAAGCAACUGGGUAAGAUGCUCUUGCUUAAUCCAAGGCUCAUUAGCUACAGCGAAAUGAAAUUGACUCAGAUUACUGAUUUCCUUGUAAGCAUUGGCUUCCAUGAGGAGGGGUUGAUUGGUAAAACUUUAGUGAAAAACCCAUUUUUAAUGGGUUAUAGCAUUGAGAAACGGCUUUGGCCAACAACAGAAUUUCUCAAGUCGAUAGGCCUAGAUGAACUAAGUUUGCAAAGGGUUGUUUGCUAUUAUCCUGAAGUAUUUUGUAGGGAUGUAAAUAGGGUUCUCAAACCAAAUUUAGCAUUCUUAAAGGGGUGCGGCUUUGACAAUAAGCAAAUUGCAAAUUUAGUUGCUGGAUAUCCACCUGUUCUGAUCAAGAGUGUCAGCAAAUCCCUGGAACCCAAAGUGAGAUUCUUGGUUGAAGUAAUGGGAAGAGAAAUCAGUGAGAUAGCUGAUUACCCUGAGUUCUUUCGGCAUGGGAUGAAGAAGAGUUUGGAAUUUCGGCAAAAUAUUCUGAAGCAAAAAAACGUACAUUGCAGUUUAAGUGAAAUGCUUAGCUGCAACCAGAGGAAAUUCAUUGCCAAGUAUGGAUUAACUGUUGGAUUCUCUUGAUUUUGUUUCUCGAUUCUCUUCCCUUAGUUUGGUCUCAAUUACACUAGCUAGAGAACCAAGUGUUUGAUCAUUGUUAAAGAGGCUGUAAGAACUUGCUUCAUGGUAAGAGAUAUCGUUGUUCUUUUGUGCUUGGUUAGCACUGUUGAGCAUGAGUUGUGUUGCAAAAUAGCCAAUUGUUCUUAUUGUUCCUUAUAGUUCUAUUAAAUAAUCAAUCACAAAUUCUGCACUCAUUAAAAUUCCUGUUUACAUAAAUAUGCAUGCGUGUUUCCUCUAUUUAAGGCAUACUACAUAUCUCUUUUUUUUUUUCCUUGAGUUGAGGUGCUAAUAUUAUAUAUCUAUAUGAUAUAUCCUUAAGAAAUGAUAAAAUGAUAGAGAACAUGCUAAGAUAGUAUUGAUAUUUUUAAGUAAAAUGAAUGGGUUCUAUGAUAUGUUCAUUUUGCUAGAAAUUGUUUAUGCUAGUAAGCAAUGCUCGUGGUAUAUGGAACUGUACAUCAAGCAGCAAACUUGCCGUACACUAGCUAUUUAGAUGAGCAAUUCUUGGCAGAAUUACAUGAUAGAGUUUUGAAGAUUCUAUUUGGGAUCACCUAUAUAUAAAUAAUCUCCGGAAAAACUGAUCAGCAAAGUGAAUAUGUAGCUCAUAAAGUGAUGCCAUAUGAAUACCAAGUAGAUCAUCUAAACAAAGUUGAUGGAUUCAGAAUUGUAGCAAGCUAGUUUUUACUUCAAUGGAUUGUAAAAGUGCUCAGAAUUGCUGAACAGUGUAUAUUUUGGUGAUGUCUAAAGUUGCAAACUUCAAACUCAAAUCAGUUCAGAACAGUUGAACCAAACAAUUAACUGAUUCAAUCAAGAAUCAUAAGGCUUUUGACUUUGGGAUAUUUCUUCCUGCUGCCAUUGUACUUUUGUUCCCUUUCAAGUGAAGAAGGGGGGAAAAAAACAAUGAUUCCUGCUGGUGGUUUGCUUUCUUGUAAUAUUCAUGUUUAGUGUGCCAUCUGUUGUGAACCAAAACUUUUCGCGAACUUGUUUGUUCUUCCAGCAAGGAGGCAACAGAAAUUGGUAAACAUCAUUUCAUGCCCGGAUGUCGGUCGGUUUCUGCGAUCCUGCAGCUGCAAGUUGAUAAUCUUUGAUGCUGUUAUCUGUGAGCCAUUGAAUCGCCUCUUGUUGCUGAUAAACUCAUGAGGUUAGAACAUAAUAGCAGUUCUUUUUCUUCUUUUUUUCUUUCAAUUUACUGAUUUAAUGUCAGUAAGGGACGAAGGUGACUUCAUAUCACUUUCAUACAUUGAAUUAUUAAGAUUGGACAUCA